AAUUCAUGUGCGUUCUAUUUUUAAAGAGAAAAACGAUGGCUACACUUCUACAGGUCGGUAUCCUCCUUUUGUUUGGUUGCAAUUCGAUCGCGAAUGGCCAUUUUGUAGAAGAAAGAUUACAACAAUUAACUGACGAUUUUAUUGAAAUGAAAAAUGCGUUGAAAGCGAAAGAUACUCGGCUAGAACAACUCGAACAACAACAUGAAAUUUUGGCAAAAGAGGUUGCCCAAUUACAACUGGACCUACGCAACGAACGAGAAAUUAACUCCAGACUUGCAAAGAAAAACGACAAUGCAAUCGAAACUAAAUCUGCAGCAAGGAGUAGCAUCCCAAGAACGUGCAGAGAGGCUCGUCUCGCAGAUCCAACCCUUACUUCCGGAAUGCACUGGAUCGAUCCUGACGGACAAGGUGUUGGGGACGAUCCCAUGUCACUGCGCUGAUCCUGGAUGUUAUUCCAGGGCCAUCAAUUACAACGCAUCCAGCAGACAAAUGGCAGCAUUGGCUGAAUUAUCGAAUGAAUGCCACCAAUCGAUUCAAUACGACUGUUACUACGCACCUUUGGAGUUCGAUCGAACCGCUGUUUCUUGGUGGAAUGAUCAAAAUGGAAACCCAAAAUACUUUUGGUCUGGCGGAAACACCGACAAUCACAUUUGCCAAUGCGGCAUCGAUGGAAAUUGCGUUGAAUCAACAAUGAUGUGCAACUGUGAUUCUACAGCUCCUGUACAACUAGUCGAUAGCGGAGUUAUAACGGAUAAAACUGUUCUGCCCAUCACUCGCCUUAACUUUGGGCGUACACAACUGGAGAGUUCUUCCGGUGUCCACACUCUAGGCCGGUUGGAAUGCACUGGACAAGUGGCUGUGAAUGGGAUACCGAAGUCAUGCCAAGAUCUCUGGCGCAUCGGGUACACACUUAGUGGAAUGUAUAACGUAAUGGGAACUACAAUGUUCGAAAGCGUUUACUGCGAUUUCACGAAACUGCCGAACGAUUCAGGCUUCCAAAAAUGGAUGGGCUACGCUGACGUCAAAUCUAUGCCCGUCUAUUUCUACGUUCAGAAAAGCACUACUUUCAAUCAACUGAAUACCCCCGUUCCAUUUGAAGUAGUCCAACUCAAUAUAGGAAAUGCUAUGAACAUAGCAUCAGGAAUCUUCACAGCACCACGAACAGGAACUUAUUUUUUCUCCUUAUCUGGGAUUGCGUAUAUUCCAUCAACUGGGGGAUAUAUUGAUGUGGGAAUAGCAUUGAAUGGUGCUGUAGUGGGAAGAGGGGAAGCUUAUGACUAUACUGGGAAUGCUGGAUGGGAAACAUACUCCCUUCAGUUAACUUUAAACCUCCAAGCAGGAGAUCUAAUCUCAGUGCAAAUUACAGCCAUAGCAACAGGUGUGUUCCUGCAAGACAGCAGUAAUCAUUUUACCCAUUUUAAUGGUUGGCUCAUGCAGGAAGAAUUGUCCCAGUAAUUAAAAGUAUACUGUGAAAUUAAUGUUGAAUGACUUGUUCAAAUGGUACUUAAAAAUACAACUUAUAAUCCCUA